UGCAGGCAUGCCAACCGUCGGUGUGUCGACGUCACGUCCGUUGGUGUUGUUCGUGGUGGUGUUGCGCUCCUGAAGCCGAAACUAGGAUCAAAAUCGAAAAAAACCGAAAUGGAGUACGCCAGGCGGAAGUACAAAAGCGGCAUUCGCAGCAGCGCAGUGAGAAGCAGCGUGGUAGCCAGCGGAGGCGGCGGCGGCGGCGGCGGGGGCAGCGGUAGACUGUGCGAAGUGAGGCGAGCGUACAAGGCGGCCGUGGUGCCGUGCAAAACGGGCCGUCGCAGGGCCCGGGGCAUGAGCAUGGGCCAGAAGGUGUCAGGAGUCAAGGCUGUCAACCGGGAUGCAGCCGCACCCUACAAGCCCGUCAUCCCAAGGGAACUGGCGCAGCCAGGGAGUAAUUUUAACCACGACGACGACGAGUCUGCGUUUAUUUUGGACGGGGGAUUUACCUUCGGCAUUUCGGUCUGGCGUGGUGGUGGUCGGUGGGUCCUUAUUUUCGAGGCUUUCGGGAUGCACUUGGCGUUUUUGGUGAUGAUUCUUUUUUUUGACUACGCAAAACGAAAAGUCAUUGGGUGUGAUAUCAAUUUCCUUUUUUGUGCCUUUAGUUGA